UAAAGAAAAGAACAAACCGAAUCCCUCCCAUCUAUAAAAGACUACCAAACCUACCGCCAAUAUCCCUUGGAACUUCCCACAAACAAAAAUUCUUUCCCUUAAUUUGCCUCAUCUUCUUAAUUACCAUCCUCUUUCGCCACUUUCUUAACAUAUAGAGUCCUUAGUUGGUUUAUUAGUUAUACGUAGUUGAAGGGAGAAAUUAAGAUGGGUAGAAUAAGAAGAAGAAGAAGCAACACAUCAUCGACCGUACUGUUGUGUGUGUGGCUUUUGCUGGUUGGGUCUAGCUCGGGGUUGGAAACCGGUUCGGUUAGCAUCACAAGAGCAAGCUUCAUCAGACGGGAUGACGUGGAGGUGGUUGGGAAAGGGAACCAGCAGCUUGUUCAUAAAACCGAGUCCAACCUCAACUACAUGAUGAGCAAGAGAAGAGUUCCAAAUGGUCCAGAUCCCAUUCAUAACAGGGAGAGCUGGGAACUCUAAACGGCCACCUGGGCGAGCUUAGAAGCUGCAAAUAAAGAGAAACUUGCUAGCUAUAGCUUCACGAUCAUCAUCAGAAGCUGCCGCGCGCCAUAGGCAAAAUUUAGAAAAGGGAGAGCUCACAGGAAGAUCAGUGUCAUGCAUCUUGUGAAUGCAUGUAAUAUUCUUUAUUUUGAUCCAUGAUCGUUAAUUCAUAACAAGGUGGUUUUAUUUCAUUUAUCAAAGGCACAAAAAAAAAAAAAAACAAG